AUAUCUCAAUUUUUACUCAAGUUAUGCUGUAGAUGUAUAAACACAUUUAACUCAAAAACAUUUUAAUUGAGUUAUUCACACUCAUAUCAGGGCUUCCAAGCAAUUAUAGAUAUAGUUUCGAGAAAACACAUACCUACACAUUUCAGAUUUUGUAAUUACCACCUCUCAAAAGUGACAAUCAAUUUAGGCAUUUACAAAAUUUUAAAAAAGUAAUUUGCUUCAAAAUUUUUGAAACCAACUAUUUUUUCUAUAAUUUUUUCAUUAAAUAAAUAUUUUUGAAUUGAAAUUUCUGUGUGUGUUUAUUUGUGUGUGUGUGUGUGUCUAGUUGUGAACAUUUCACGUUCUUCGCAUGCAUCUUAAAAUUCCAAUCCAAAAGCACAAAAUUAUUCCAUUUAUAUACAUAAUCAUCGUCUACUACCACUUUGGUAUGCCAAAAUUAAAGUGCACAUCCGCCAAUGUUCAGGGCAGCGAUGAACCAGUCGUUAAGAUACCGCGUCGUCAACUGAGAUCUCGUCAUCGCGAGGAAAAUGCAAGUUCAACACUUAAUCUGUGCGACCUCCCCAUCGAGUUGCUGGAGAAGAUCAUUGGCUACAUAAAUAUUUGGCAUCAUAAUCGCAUACGUGGCACCUCUAAGCGCAUGCGUGACGUCAACGAUGCUUUCGUUAUGCACGAGUUCAGAAAAGCUUUGCAUAGAUCUAUUCUUACGAAUCCGAAUAGCUACGAAUGUGCGGCGUUGCAAACCAUCGAACAGGCAACGGAGGUGUAUGUGAAGUCGGGAUAUGAGUCAACUUUCUGUGGUUGCAUACUGCCAAUGCUGCGCAGCUCUUACAAGGAUCCUUUCUGUCCACAAGUUUUACAAAUUAAUACCUUCUUAUUGCACUUUUACGAUAUGGUCGAUGAGCUGAUCGGCGAUCGACGAUCUCAACACGCACGGUUACUGUAUAAUUUGACCUUAAUGCGAUUUUUUAAGAAAUUCGGAAAAUCCUCAAUUAUCUCGACCGCAAUGCCGUUACAUUGUCGCAUAGUGGUUGAGCUUAAAGGUCCCUGGCUGGGAAUGCUUUGGACGUCGAAAUCACGUGCGCGAGAUCAACAAGAAAAGCGUUGCAACUUGUUGAUAAUUCUAUCCGAAAUGCUAAUGGCCAAUAUAACGGGGAAGGCUUUCAAACGAGUUUGGGAGUGUCUCAAUGAGGUCUACGUUUUCGGCAACGAUACAAGCAAUUGCAAACGUGUGCCGAAAACUCUCUUUACCUUCACCGUACAUGGCUCGAAGAAGAUUUGUUCACUUUUUCGUUCCUGCCUCGAGGAGCCAAACGACUUUCUGUGGCCAACAAAGUGGCCGCGCGAUCAGUUCACUGUCAAUUUGGAUAUCACAUGCAAAGAAGCAAUGAAAUGGGGCUGCUCCAAGUCGCAGCACAUGGAAUUUGGACCCUUCGCCGAGACGCUGUUCAGUGAAGAGGAAGAGUAUAUGGAUGAUUGUAGUUCGGGCAAAACGCUGCUGGAUGUGGAGUAAAAGUAGCGACUUCUAACAGGUCCACAUUGGCAUGUCACAACAAAACUAUUACUUAAAUUAUGUAAAACCCUAAAGCAAAUAUACUUUUUUUUUGUAAUAUUUUUA